CAUCCGCCAAUAUUGCGCAGCUAUAGGAGCGAUAGGCAGUCCGGGUAACGCCGAGGACUGCCGUAUGCGGGACCGGGGCGACUGUUUCCAGUGGACCUACUGCGGCCCUUACGACAUGGCCGAGAUCUACUGGUGGGACGCCGGAGCGCCCGGAGGACAGUUCUACGACUGUAUGGCCGACUGGGCGUGCGCCAACCAGACCCUCGACAACUACAUCGACAAGUACUGCACGAAGGACUUUGUGGGCCACGACCCGCCCUGCAGCUGUGAAGAGCAGGCCAGGAUUCAUCACUGUGGACCACUCGGCAUCAACACGGAACACUGCGACGAGGCCUGGCAAGUCUACGAGAAAUGUCUCAAUAACUGACCGUGAAGCCUGGCAUCAGUUGCAGAAUGUGUAUUUCAUUGUUGUUGGAUUAUUGUCCUAAUGUGCGCUUAUACAUCUGCACUGCAUCCGUGUACUGGCUAUACACCUAUGUCCAAAGUAAGUGAUCUGUGCGAAUUGAUGUGACGGUGAAUACACAAAUGGGAGUGGA